AUGAGUUCCCAUGGACUGAACGCAAAGAGACCUCGUCUGGAGGGGCGGACGAUGCUGGCAUGCAUUGGCUGCAAACAGAAGAAGCUGAAGAAUUGCGCCAAGACUGGACGAGACUGUUUUGUAGAGGACCCCGGUACAGGCCUCCACCGGCCUCGGGAUUAUAUGAAAUCCCUUGAGGCGAGAGUGGCGUACCUCGAGGGACUUCUUCAAGAAGCCAGGCCAGAGGUAGCAAUUGACCACUUCGCUGCCAAUGGAGAGAGCAGCCCCAGCGUUUUGGUGCAACAACGCCCUCAGGCUGAAAAUUUCCAUUCUGUACGGGGGCCUCAGGGAGCCUCGCCUGGCGUUGGGGAGCAGCCUGAUGUCUUGUCUUCAGAGGUUGCUUUCCUAUGCCUCAGCGCUACUGGUAGUGAGCCACACUUCUUCGGGGCUUCAUCCGCUGUCUCAUUCUCCCGCAUCGUCAGCGCGGUCAUGGGGCUGGGCAGAUCCGGAUCGGCAGCGAGCGACUCGCAGCCUAGCAUUCGAGGUGCAGGCGCCCGACAGAGGGGAGCUCAUUUCGAUACCCAGGCAGCUCAUCAGGUCCCAAUUCGCCUGCCUACCCCAGAGAUGAAGGGAAUUCUAACCGAGUCAUAUUUCAGCAACAUUCACCCGCAAUAUCCUGUCAUACACCGCCCCACGUUUCGGACUUGGGAGGAUGAGUGCUGGCGUGCAGUCUCUGAUGGGACCCUCGACCGUGUUGCAGACAUUUCCCUUUUUUCAGUUCUUAUGGUUUACGCAAUCGGGUCUCUGGUACAGGGCCAAUCUCACUACGAAUCAGCCGAAAAAUAUCAUGCCAUGGCGUUGGAUCGAGUCCCGGCUAUACUGGAUCUCGACAGCCUUGAGUCAGUACAAGCACUUUUGUUUUGUGCUGUCUACUCGAUCAGGUCGCCCGUGGGCGCAAGUCUUUGGAAGCUCUCCGGAAUGGCCAUUCGCCUUUGCAUCGAGUUGGGAUACCAUCUCGACGCAGAGAAGUAUCAUAGACAUGUGGAUCCCUUGACAAAGGAAAUGACGAAAAGAUGUUUCUGGGUGGCAUAUGACAUUGAUCGUGUCGCUGCUUUCACCCUUGGCCGGCCGGUUGGUAUUCCGGAAACCUCAAUCGACGUCGACCUACCGCUGGAUAUUGACGAUGAGAAAGUCACAGCCAGUGGCAUCACCUCUAGCCCUCGAAGGGAAGCCGCCGAUCCACCAACAUCAAUGUCGGGAGCAAUACACGCGAUCAGAUUGCGGAGGCUUUGGACCAAGAUGAAUGAUCAACUUUAUCCACCCAAGGGUCGCCGGUCUUGCGGAGAUGUCUGCUUGCAACAACGCAUCAUCGACUCUCUGCGGAAAGACCUUGACGAUUGGCACACCGCAACACCAGACCAACUCGAUCAUUCAGCAUCUCACCCUUUGUCUGUCUUCGCAUCGAAGUCGUGGUUCCAGCUUGCAUACGAUUAUACGGUUCUACUUUUGUAUCGCCACUACAUGUUUGCAUCACACAGCGGCAGAAAUGGCGUUGGCGUAAACGAUUCUACCGUCGUCAGCGACAUGGCCGAAGCCGCAAAUACCGCUUUGGAGGAGUGCUUUGUCCGCGCCAGACAAAUCUGCUUAGGCUACCGCCGGAUCUACCAAAGCUCAUCAGUCCAAUUCACCUGGGGCAGCGUUCACAUCCUUUUCCUGGCUGGACUCACAUAUCUCUUCUGUCUGUGGCACUCCUCGGCUCUCCGGUCCAAGGCCAAACAAUCUGACGUAAUGAGCACUUGUAUGGCGUGUAACACAGUUUUGAUCAUCGUUGCUGAACGGUGGAAUUUGGCGACUAGCUAUAGAGUCGCAUUCGAAACCUUGAGCGAACGGACUAUAAGAAUGAUCUGUGGUGACAUGGACGACCCUUCGAAUUCAGUUCCACUUCCUUUCGCAACAAAUGAACAAACAUUUGGCCCACAUGCAGCUGCUCAAGACGCCGCUGGUACGGCUGAACCACUAUUCCAGGACUGGAUCAUGGGGUUAGAAGAUAUAAGGAUACCACGAGAGUCCGAAUGGUUCGUGAAUGAUCUGUUAAGAGAUGUCCAUGCAGGUGGUUUCACACCGUGA